AUGGUGCUCUCUCCGCAGCUGCUGCCCGCCGUCUUCUCGUCGCCCGCCGCCUUUGCGCGAAAGGCAGCGCCAUUCAGCUGCUCAGACCCCCUCCCGCAGCCCCUCGGUGCGGACCUGCUGCACGCCAACGGGACGCUCCGCCGCCUCGCGCUACCGCCGACCGACCGGCAGCGCGACGGGAUGAGCGACGAGGCGCAGCGGGCCGCCUGGCCGCCGCACGCGACGCACUACGGCCACGAGGACAUCAUGGCGCUGCAGUUCGAGGGAGGCGCAGCCGCGCCGCCGACACAGCAGGGGCAGGCGGCGAGGUCAGACAGCCAGCGGCAGGCUACCGCCGCCGGCGGCGCCUCCGCAGCCAGGCGAGUGGCUCGGAUCGAGUUUACAGACGGGUCCAGCUGCUCCUGCGCCGCCGACUGCACUCAGCGCCGCUACCUCAAGGACUGCUGUGUCGACUGGCUGCACGCGUGCAAGGCAGACCGUUUAUAA